GCGCGGAUUGAGCCCAGCCAGCGUCCUUUGUGCCGGUCGACCGCCCCGGGAUGCAUUGGAGCUAGGAGCCAGGUCCAGGAUGGGGGCCUUGUUUGUCUGGGUCUCAGGCCUCCUGACUCUGCAGAUGCUUCUCUUUGUGGCUGGGGAGCAGGGCCCACAGCACACCACCGCAGCUGCAGCCACUGCUGAGAAGGGGCUCCACAUGCAGAAAGUGGGGUCUGGGUCAGUCCGGGCUGCACUGGCAGAGUUGGUGGCCCUGCCCUGUCUCUUUAGCCUGCGGCCACGGCCAGGUGCAGCUCGAGAAGCCCCACGGAUCAAGUGGACCAAGGUGCGGACUGCAUCAGGCCAGCGGCAGGACUUGCCCAUCCUAGUGGCCAAGGACAACGUGGUCCGAGUCGCCAAGGGCUGGCAGGGACGUGUGUCACUUCCCGCCUACCCCCGGCACCGGGCCAACGCCACGUUGCUACUGGGACCACUGAGGGCCAGCGACUCCGGGCUCUACCGCUGCCAGGUGGUGAGGGGCAUCGAGGAUGAGCAGGAUCUGGUGCCCCUGGAGGUGACGGGUGUUGUGUUCCACUACCGAGCAGCGCUGGAUCGCUACUCUCUGACCUUUGCUGAGGCUCAGGAGGCCUGUCGUCUCAACUCAGCCACCAUUGCAGCCCCGCGGCACCUGCAGGCUGCCUUUGAGGACGGCUUUGACAACUGCGACGCCGGGUGGCUCUCUGACCGCACUGUUCGGUAUCCUAUCACCCAGUCCCGUCCUGGUUGCUAUGGUGACCGUAGCAGCCUUCCGGGGGUGAGGAACUAUGGGAGGCGAGACCCACGGGAACUCUACGAUGUGUAUUGCUUUGCCCGUGAGCUGGGGGGCGAAGUCUUCUACGUAGGCCUGGCCCGCCGCCUGACCCUGGCCGGCGCGCGUGCGCAGUGCCGACGCCAGGGCGCCGUGCUGGCCUCGGUAGGACAGCUGCACCUGGCCUGGCACGAGGGCCUGGACCAGUGCGACCCGGGCUGGCUGGCCGACGGCAGCGUGCGCUACCCGAUCCAGACGCCGCGUCGGCGCUGCGGUGGCCCAGCCCCAGGCGUGCGCACCGUAUACCGCUUUGCCAACCGCACCGGCUUCCCGGCACCUGGAGAGCGCUAUGAUGCCUAUUGCUUCAGAGCUCAUCACCCCACAUCCCAACAUGGAGACCCAGAGACCCCCUCAUCUGGGGAUGAGGGGGAGAUUCUGUCGGCAGAAGGGGCCCCUGCUGGAGAUCUGGAGCCCAGCCUGCAGGAAGAGGAGGAGGUAGUCACCCCAGACGUCCAGGAGCCUCUGGUGUCUAGUGGGGAAGAAGAGUCUCUGAUCUUGGCAGAGAAGCAGGAGUCUCAAGCGACCCCCAGCCAUGCCCCUGGGGUCCCUACAUUAGCCUCAAGUCCUGCCCUGGAGGCUGAAGAGGUGUGGCUGAGCACCAUGGCCCCCAGCCCCAGCAGCGUGGAGGCAAGCACUGUGGUGGGCACGCACGCAGAGACAGCCCCAGCCAGCACCACGCCCAGGAAGAGGGAGCGCUUUAAAGGGUUGAACGGGCGCCACUUCCAGCAACAGGAGCCUCAGCAAGGGCUGAAGGGGGUACUUGAGGCCAGCAUCCAGCCCCCUACCCCAGAGGCUACUGGGAAUUAUGUGGAGCCUCCCAUGACCACUGGAGCCACAGACGCCUUGGGGAGUGGCCAGAGCCAGAGCCCCUGGGCCGUGCUGACAAAUGAGGUGGAAAUGCCCAGAGCUGGUUCCCUUGGUGGUAGGAGCCCCCAAGAACCCUGGCUGUGGCCCCCAACUGUGGUCCCUCCCAUCAUCCCAGACCCCAGCAGAGCCCUUGGCCUGGAACUAGAAGAAGCCAAGCACUUUAGUGUGAGACCAGUCACCUCCGACCUGCCCUGGUCCCCCUUGGAGACCACUCCCAACCCCUCCAAUGGCCCCAGCCCUGCCCCCUGGGAGGCUUCUCCCGCAGUCAUUUCUCCAGACCUCCCUGUGAUGGCCAUGCUUCGCGCCCCCAAACUGUGGCUCCUAUCACAGGAGCCUCCUAUGCCGCUCCCCACUGAGGCCAGUGGAGCCAAGGGGCGUAGUGUGCCCAUGGCCACUGCCCCGCCCUCCCCUGCCUCAGAAAUGGAAGCCAGCCCACAGGAUCCCAUCCAUCCAGAAGUGUAUUCCCUGCCCUCCUCCGGCCUGGCAGGACAAGAUGGAGUGUCCACAUCCCUGUCUCUCAGCAGCCACGGAGGAGGAAGUCCUCCGGCCCCUUCACAGGCAGCCAUAGAUACACAAGCUGGAGCCAGUCCUAAUUCCCCUGGAGUAGACUUUGGAGAAAUGAGAGGGGCCAGCCCUACUGAGCUCAGCAAAGCUGAGCACCCCGGGUCCAGCCCACAGGCCUCUGUGGACGGGAAUGUGGGGGCAGAUAUCACUGUUUCUGAGACUGCCACUGAGCCCCUGGGAGCCAGAGGCGUCUCGGAGUCUAAGUCUGGGGUCUUCAACACAGCAGAGAGUCCCACCUCCAGCUUGCAGGCCUCCAUGGACAAGACGCAGGGAACAUGGGCCUCACUGCCCAGGGAAGGGCUGGACCCCCACUCCCUAUCUGCACCCUCGGGGGUCCCUGAAGUCUCCUUGAUGCCCAAGGUCACCUCACGUUCGGGGCCUUGGGCUGCUACAGAUGGAGGAAUCACGGUGGAUCCUAGGGAUUCCACAGUCACACUGGACACCAGCGAUGCUGGCGGGCAUUGGGAACCUGGAUCCCACAUGAUUGAGGGAGCUGAAAGCCCCACCUUGAGCCCUCAAAUGACUGUGGAUACAAGUGUGGUGACAUCCCUCACGUCCUUGGACCUGGGGGACAAGGUCGGGGUACUGUCCACAUUCACAGUGGCCUCCUCAAGCUCCCGGCCCCACCCAGAGCCAGAGGGCCCCCUGGUGACCCAGGGAACGCUGGGAGCCGUGGAGCCUCCACAGGAGGACAGCCACUUGGGGGACCCCAUUCUUCCUCCCUGGACGGCGACAGCAGCCAACAAGGACGAGCCUGCUUCAGUUUCCUCGGGGGAGCCUACCGUGCCGUGGGACUCCCCCAGCACCCUGCUGCCUGCCUCCCUGGGCCCAGAGGAAUUUGAGCUGGAGGUCCUGGUGGGGAGCCCAGGUGUGGAGAGCUUCUGGGAGGAGGCAGCAAGUGGAGAGGAGCCCGCCCUGCCAGGGACUCCUGCAAAUGGGAGUGCAGAGGAGGUCCCCUUGGAUCCCUGUGAGAACAACCCUUGCCUGCAUGGGGGCACUUGUAGGGCCAAUGGUACCAUGUAUGGCUGCAGCUGUGACCAGGGGUUUGCUGGAGAGAACUGUGAGAUCGAUAUUGACGAUUGCAUCUCCAGCCCCUGUGAGAACGGUGGCACCUGCAUCGACGAGGUCAACGCCUUCAUCUGCCUUUGCCUCCCCAGCUAUGGGGGAAGCCUCUGCGAGAAAGACACAGAGGGCUGUGACCACGGCUGGCACAAGUUUCAGGGCCAUUGCUACCGCUACUUUGCCCACCGGCGGGCAUGGGAGGACGCCGAGAGGGACUGCCGCCGACGAGCCGGCCACCUGACCAGCAUCCACUCACCGGAAGAACACAACUUCAUUAACAGUUUUGGGCGUGAGAACACGUGGAUCGGCCUGAAUGACAGGAUCGUGGAGAGGGAUUUCCAGUGGACCGACAACACAGGGCUGCAAUUUGAGAACUGGCGGGAAAAUCAGCCGGACAAUUUCUUCGCGGGUGGGGAGGACUGUGUGGUGAUGGUUGCACAUGAGAGCGGGCGCUGGAACGACGUUCCCUGCAACUACAACCUCCCCUAUGUCUGUAAGAAGGGCACAGUGCUGUGUGGCCCCCCUCCAGCAGUGGCGAACGCCUCACCCAUUGGUGCCCGCAAGGCCAAGUACAAUGUCCAUGCCACAGUACGCUACCAGUGCGACGAAGGAUUUGCCCAGCACCACGUGGCCAUCAUCCGGUGCCGGAGCAAUGGCAAAUGGGACCGGCCCCAAAUCGUCUGCACCAAACCCAGACGGUCCCACCGGAUGCGGCGACACCACCAUCACCACCAGCAUCACCACCAGCAUCGCCACCACAAAUCUCGCAAGGAGCGCAGAAAACACAAGAAGCACCCAGCAGAGGACUGGGAGAAGGAAGAAGGGAAUUUCUGUUGAAGA